AUGGCUUCCUCAAGAAGAUUCAUUCGCAUUCGCAACAAGGAUCUUGUCGCAUCCGAUCAUCUCACCAAACGCCUCGUUUUGUCUGAAGUGGCUCAGAUAUUCGAUCCACUAGGCUUUGCAUCACCAGUCGUGAUCAAGGCGAAGAUGCUUUUGCAGGAGCUUUGGCUUCAUAAGCUCCAAUGGGAUGAACCACUGCCAUCCCAGCUCUCAUCACGAUGGCUCAUCAUCAGAAAGGAACUCACCAGCUUGCGCAAGAUCUCAAUACCUCGGUGGUAUAACACAUGGAGUACAUCGACAGUGGGAUUUCACGGCUUUUCUGAUGCUUCUCAACUGGCAAUGGCUGCAGUCGUAUUUAUCACCGUCCACGGCUCUAAUGGCGCCACGAUUUCAUUGGUGUGCUCCAAAACAAAGGUAGCACCACUCAAGCGGCUCACCAUCCCGAGACUUGAACUCACCGCAGCUCUGCUGCUCUCAAGACUCAUGCAAUACGUUCAAGCCACCUUGAUGUUGAACGUCACAGCAACUCACCUGUGGACGGACUCUGUUGUGAUACUCACGUGGAUCAAAUCUCAUGCAUCGCGCUGGAAGGAUUUAGUGAGAAAUCGGGUCUCUCAAAUUCAAGAGCUCACUGCGAACGCACAUUGGAAAUACGUACCAGGUUCAUAUCGCUUCUGGGAAAGCACCGACGCAAAAACACUGGACUUACACUCAGCUUUGGAGGAGGCCAGACUCUUCUGGAUUAAGGCUACUCAAGCGGCAUACUUCACGCACGAGAUCAAGAUGCUCACGGCCAACUCGAGACUACCAACUGCUCACGCAUUCAGUCGAUUGACUGCGUAUAUAGACGCUCAAGGGAUCAUCCGAGUUGGCGGCCGCCUCAACCAAUCAGCACUAGAUCAAGACAACAAACAUCAGGCGAUUUUACCUCGCCACUUCUCAACCUUAAUCAUCGCUCACGCCCAUUUGCGCACCCUGACUGGAGGAACUCAGCUGACAUUGGCUCAUGUCAGGCACAAUUACUGGAUCAUCGGCGGACGGGCUCCG